AUGGCCUGGACAGCCCGUCUACUCUUGCUUACGCUGGUUGUCUUAGGGUGGUAUUCGUACAAGACGCUGAAAUACUACCGUAUCAAGCAAAAUGAGGGUGUUCCGCAACCCCCGCCAAAUCUCUUCCUGGGGCACAUGAAAGUCAUUGGCGAGUUCUAUCGAAAAGGCGAUAUACGCCGGCAUAUCGACUAUGUCUUCAUGUCAGUGGCCAAGUCCGUCGGCACCAACUCUAUCUGUCUGUUCGAUGUGCGGCCCGCGUCGUAUGUCAUAUGCGUGGUGCUCUCGCAUGAGGUUGCGGAACAGAUCUCUAAAGCAACUAAGCUGCAACCAUGGAGCACGCCGAAGUCUCCUACUGUUACGGAUCUCGAGCCGAUUGUCGGGAGUCAUUCCAUAAUUAUGGCGCAGGGCGUGACCUGGAAAGGCCUCCGUAAGAGAUACAACGCUGGCUUCGCACCUCAACACAUCAUGAGCCUUCUUUCCCGGAUCGUGGAGAAGACGUCUCUAUUCCUAGACGUGCUCGACGCGCACGCUCGUGCCGGCGAUGAGUUCACCCUCGACCACCCCUGCGUGAACCUGACCUUCGACAUCAUCGGCGCCGUGGUAAUGGACACGGACUUCGAUGCCCAGCGCCCCAAAUCAGAGCAAAGCGACAUUGUCCGCCACUACAGCGACCUCCUCUCAUCCUUCACCGACGAUAACGGUGCCGGCUGGCUGUACGCGAACCCCUUCCUGAAGCGGCGCCAGUACCGACUCGGACGCGCCGUCGACUCCGCCAUCAAAUCCGCCAUUAAGCAGAAGUUCACCGAGAUGAAAGCCGCUACUCAAAGCACCAAAGCCCGCAGUGUCCUCGCUCUGAGCCUCCAGGACGUCGACGAAAUGGACGAAGAGGUUUUGCAAAUCACCGCGGAUCAGGUCAAGUCCUUCCUGUUCGCCGGCCACGACACCACUUCCAUCCUGCUGCAAUGGACUUUCUACGAGCUCUCCCGCUCGCCCCGUGUCCUCGCCACCCUGCGCGCGGAGCUCGACGACGUCCUCGGCAAAGAUGCCGACCCGCGCACAGUCCUGCUCGCCCGGGGCGAAGACGCCGACAAGAGACUCACCUACACUUCCGCCGUCAUCAAGGAGAUUCUGCGCCUGUACCCGCCCGCUGGCACCGCGCGCAUGGCGCCGAAGGGCACUAAUUUAUUCGUCAAGCUGCCCGAGGGCAAGGACGUCUGUCUGGACGGCAUGGUCAUCUACAACUGCGCUACCGCCAUCCAGCGGGACCCUGCUGUCUAUGGCGACACGGCUGAUGACUUUGUUCCCGAGCGCUGGCUUGGUGAUACCGAUACUCAUGAUGUCGGAGAGAACGGGGCCGACACCGCUGAGAAGGCCAAGCCGAACGGAAAUGGAGAUGCGAAGGUGCCAGCUAGUGCAUGGCGGCCGUUUGAGCGGGGGCCGCGGAAUUGCAUCGGGCAGGAGCUGGCAAAUCUAGAGGCGAGGGUUAUCCUGGCCUGUGCGGUAAGGAGGUACGAUUUUGUCAAGGUUGGGAUGGGGGAGCUGGCGCUGGAUGAGAAGGGGCGGCCGGUGGAGAAUGCGAAGGGGCAGUAUGAGGUUAAGAGUGAACUGUUCAAUACGCGGCAAGUUACGGCUAAACCGGUGGAUCAUAUGCGGAUGCGGGUCAAGCUUCACCAACCGCAAUAG